AUGAAGUUAUUGACUACCCUCCUCCUCCUUGGUUCAUCAAAUGCACAUCGGUGGCAGGGCUCCGAUGCCUGUGGCUAUAUAGUUGGUGGCUCUCAUGAUCAUGUCGCAAGAGAUGUACGAGAAUUGGAUUGCUCUAAUUACAUGCGAACUACUGUUACACCGUCAUACAUAGCUUCUGGCUUGGUCACAAUCACUACAGUGGUUCUUAACGAAAUCACCUAUACGGAAGCCAGCACAAAUAUAGUGUACGUGACCGCCAGAGACGUGAAACCACGAGACGUCGUUAUAGUCACUGUCACUGGAGACGCCAUUACACUUACAACCACGCUAGAAGCAACCAUAAGCACGACUACAGAAACUAUCCCGCCAUAUGCGACGAGUGCUUGUCCGAAUUAUAGUGCAUACGUUGAAGCAUGUCGAAGUCACUUAAGCGUGGCGAUAGCUACUAUCACCAUCACAGCUUCUACUUCGUAUAUAACGGAGUACACUACUGUGAACUUACCAGGAACCUCGUUUGAGGGUUCGAUCUCUGCAUUUGGUUCGAAUGUUGUGGAAACCAUCAGUGUGGUUUCUUCCAGUUAUGUUCAAGGACCAACAUCUAGCAGUAGCUUGAGCUCGAGCUCAACUGUAGGGGUUGACUCAACUUCUGUGAAUGUUAUUACAUCCUCUCUUUCAUCUAGCAGCUUGUCAUUCGAAACAAUUUCUUCCGCUCAAUCAUCCGGAACAUUGAUCAAUUUAUCAUCGACUCUAUCAGCCACUACCACUCUAAAUACUGAAGUGUCGACAUCUACUAUUACAAUUGCUCCCAGUGCUUUUUCAUCCAGUCUUGCAUUUAGUGCUGGCAGUCUAUCAUCGGGAUCUUCUUCGCAGGCGACAGUCACCCUGCACUCACUCUCUACUACAUUUGGUUCAGACUCGACUUCAUCCCAAAGUACAUCAACGACUUCCUCAUCACACUCUCUUACCUCAAGCACAGGAAGCUUCCUUUCCUCUUCCGUUGUAUUGUCACCAACAUUUUCGACUAUUUCAUCUUCAAAUUCUUUAGUUUCCAGCCUGAACACAUCCUAUACUACACCUUUAUCAUCAACUAGCACAGAAUUCUCAACAUCCUCUUCGAAUUUGAUCUCGGGAACGAUCUCUACCUCUCCAUCCUUAUCUUCAUUGACUCCUACCACUUUAUCUAUCAUUUCCUCUUCGGCUACAUCUUCCAGUUUAGCAUCAAUACUAUCAUCUUCAAUAACCUCUUUGAUAUCCCUUUCAUCCACAUUCUCCACCAUCACAUCUCAACUCGUUACAAACAGCUCUCUUACCUCUACUUCUCUCCCUACCCCAUCCUCAUCUCCCAUCCCUCGAUCCCCUGUCUCUCCCCUUAUAGCUACAUGCAACGCCCCAUCCGCUUGCCGUCAAAAUCAAUAUUGUUCAUCAAACAACACCUGCUUAUGUCAACCAACCGUAAACGGCACAGGCUACUGCAUGGCCGAUACCCCCUGCGCAGCCCUCUCCUCCUGCACCAUCGACUCCGAUUGCGGCAUCGGUUCCGCCUGCAUGAGAACGUGCUGUUCUACUAACAAAUGUCUUUCGCUUCAGGGGUUAUGUCAAAACCCGAAUACGGCGAUUGUUAUUUUUAAGAGGGGUGAGGAGGGGAGUAGUGGUCAUAGAAUGGUUGGAGAAAUAGGAGAUGGGGAGGAAGAGUGGACGAACCGGGGACCAUGGGUUAAGAGGUUAGGAAAAUUGUGA